AUGCAUGGACCUAAUGACACAUUUACAAAUCGGCCUUUUGUGGCUUCAUGUCCUGAUCUCUCUGAAGGUGUAAGUCCCAUCCACAAUGGCCAGGUUUGCAGUACGUGGGGCAAAUUCCACUACAAGACCUUUGAUGGAGAUGUUUUCCAGUUGCACUCCACCUGCAACUACGUCCUGACCUCUUCAUGCAGGAGCUAUUACAGCGACUUCAACAUCCAGAUAAGAAGGGGGGAAGAUGGCGACCACCACACCAUCAAAAACAUCAUCAUGAAGCUGGAGGGCUCUGUAGUGGAGCUCUCUGUGGGCUCAGUGGUCAUUAAUGGCAAAUCAGUCAUCUUACCAUAUAGUCAAGCAGGUGUACUCAUCGAGAGAAGUCCCACCUACAUCAAAAUCAAAGCAAAACUGGGAUUAUUUGCUAUCUGGAAUGAGGAAGACUCUUUUCUGGUGGAAUUAGACCCAAAGUACAAGAACCAAACGUGUGGUCUUUGUGGAGACUUUAAUGGAGUCUACAAUGAGUUCUUUAGCCAUGGUGUGAAAAUAUCCCCCGUGGACUUUGCUAACUUCUGGAAAAUGAAUGGUCCAACUGAAAGCUGCUCUGACUACACACUGGAAUCAACACAAAGCUGCAACUACAUGAGACCUCUGUGUGAGCAGAUCCUCACUGGCCCGGCGUUCAGCAGCUGUCACAGUGUGCUGGACGUGGCCUCCUUUACCUCUGCCUGUGUAGCUGACCUCUGCCACUGUGGUGCUGGCGGCAGUGAACAGCUGGACCCAGUCUGUCUGUGCAACACUGUGUCCGAGUUAUCCAGGCAGUGCAGCCAUGCUGGUGGACAACCCCAAAACUGGAGAACCAAAGAGCUCUGCUGGAAGUCAUGUCUGGACAAAAUGGAGUACAAGGAGUGUGGUAGUCCCUGUGCUGAUACCUGCUCCAACCCAGAGGCCAGCCACACCUGCGACAACCACUGUCUCGAUGGAUGCUUCUGCCCUGCAGGCACGGUGCUGGAUGAUCUGAAUGGACGGGGCUGUGUCCCGUCGAAGGAGUGCUCAUGCAGCUACAACAACCAGACGUACAGAUCUGGGGAGUCCUACUCCAGCAACUGCAAAAAAUGUGUGUGUGAGAGUGGACAGUGGAGUUGUACAGAGGAGAACUGUCCAGGAACCUGCUCUCUGGAGGGGGGGGCUCACAUCAACACCUUUGAUGGCAAAGCCUACACCUUCCAUGGGGACUGUUCCUACGUCCUGGCUAAGGACUGCAGUGGAGCCCAGUUUGUAGUGCAGGCGCAGCUGCUGCAGUGUGGAGUGACCGAGAGUGAAACCUGCCUUAAGUCUGUGACCUUGGGUUUGUCUGGAGGGGCUAACGUGAUCACCAUCCAACCCAGUGGCAAGGUGUUUGUGAAUGGCAUCUACGCUCAGUUACCCUUCUCUGCUGCUGGGAUCUCGGCCUUCAGAGCGUCCUCCUUCUACCUGCUGGUGCAGACGUCUGUGGGGGUGCUGCUGGAGGUGCAGCUCCACCCGGUGAUGCAGCUCCACCUCACAGUGACCAGCGACUACCAGGCCAACACCUGUGGUCUGUGUGGCAACUUCAACAGCAACCAGGCGGAUGACUUCCUGAAGCUCAGUGGGGUUCCAGAUGCCACAGCAGCUGGUUUUGUCAACAGUUGGAAGACACAUGCUGGUUGCCGCGAUGUUAAGAGCAGCUUUGAGAACCCUUGCAGUCUUAGUCUGGAAAAUGAGAGAUACGCCCAGCACUGGUGCUCAAUGCUGAGUGAGCCUGAGGGAGUGUUUGCCUCCUGUCACUCAGAGAUCAGCCCUGACUCUUACAAAGAGAACUGCAUGUAUGACAGCUGUAACUCUGAGAACAGUGAGGACUGCAUGUGUGCUACAGUCUCCGCCUAUGUCCAUGCCUGUGCAGCUGCAGGGAUCCACCUCAGCGGCUGGAGGAACACCAUCUGUGGGAAAUAUGCCAGCUCGUGCCCCAGCAGCAUGGUGUACUCGGACAGCAUCACGACCAGCAGCCACACCUGCCGCUGCCUCGGCUCCACGGACCUCAGCUGCCACGCGUCCUUCCCCCCCAUUGACGGCUGUGUCUGUGCACAGGGAACCUACCUGGAUGACACCGGGAAGUGUGUUCCAUCUACGGCUUGUCCCUGUUAUGACGAAGGCUCAGUGGUGCCUCCUGGAGAGGUCGUUAACAAGCAAGGGGUCAUGUGCUCCUGUAAGGACGGUAAACUGGGCUGCAUUGGGGAGAUGAUUGUACAGCCAUCCUGUGCUCUUCCUAUGGAGUUUUUCAACUGCUCUGCUGGUCCAGCUGCUAAAGGAACUGAGUGUGAGAAGAGCUGCAACACAUUAGACAUGGCCUGUGUGUCCACUGGGUGCGUGUCCGGGUGUAUGUGUCCAUCUGGGAUGGUGUCUGAUGAUAAAGGAGGCUGCAUCAAGCCAGACGCCUGCUCCUGUGUUCACAACGGCAUCUCCUACCAGCCUGGAGAGAGCACCAAGGUGGACUGCAACACCUGCAUUUGUAAAGACAGGAAGUGGCAGUGCACUACAGAGGCGUGUGAUGGGACCUGCUCUGUCUACGGAGCAGGACACUACAUGACCUUUGAUCAGAAACGCUUCACCUUUGAUGGCAGCUGUGAAUACAUUCUCACUCAGGACUACUGUGGCAGUGCACAGAGUAAUGGAACCUUUAGAGUUAUCUCUGAGAAUCUUCCUUGUGGAACCACAGGAACCACCUGCUCCAAGACAAUCAGGAUCUUCCUAGGGAAUGCAGAAGUGAUUCUAACAGAGGGACGCUACCAGCUGCUUUCAAGUGGAGAUGAACAUUCAGUUCCAUUCCGUUACAGCACUAUGGGCAUCUAUCUAGUAGUUGAAGCCAACAAUGGACUCAUUCUCAUGUGGGACAGAAAGACCAGCUUGUUCAUCCAGCUAAGCUCAAAAUAUAAGGGUCGCGUGUGUGGCCUGUGUGGCAAUUAUGACGGCAAUGCAAAUAAUGACUUCACAACAAGGGGCAAUGCUGUGGUGGUCAACCCACUGGUGUUUGGAAACAGCUGGAAGGAUUUACCCAGUUGCCCCGACGCUCAGAGCAUUAGCAGCCCCUGCACAACCAACCCAUACCGACAGGCCUGGUCGCAGAAACAGUGCAGCCUUAUACAGAGUGACGUCUUCUCCGCCUGCCACUCCACUGUGGAUCCAACUCCAUACUAUGAUGCAUGUGUGUUUGACUCCUGUGCUUGUGACACGGGUGGAGACUGUGAGUGUUUUUGCACUGCUGUGGCUGCUUAUGCUGAAUCCUGUAAUCAAGCUGGAAUCUGUAUACCAUGGAGAACUCCAAAGAUCUGUCCUCUCUUCUGUGAUUACUACAAUCCCCCUGGAGAAUGUGAAUGGCACUACAUGCCAUGCGGAUCUCCUUGUAUGAAAACCUGCAGGAAUCCAUCAGGCAGCUGCUCUCCACAGAUUCCUCCUCUUGAAGGUUGCUAUCCAAAAUGUCCUCCUGCUCAGCCAUACUUUGAUGAAGAUACUAUGACAUGCGUUUCAAAAGAACCAUGUGGCUGCCGCGAUAAAGAGGGGAGAUACUAUAAUAAUACUGACAAAGUGCCAACAACCGAAAACUGUCUUACAUGUAACUGCAGUUCAACGACCAUCCAAUGCUUUUACGAUGCCCAAGCCUGUACUUGCACAUAUUUGAAUAAAACAUAUUACCCUGGCAAUACCAUCUAUAACACAACAGAUGGGCAUGGUAACUGCUUCAUAGCAGUGUGUGGGACAAAUGGUACCAUUGACAAGGGGUCAUAUUUAUGCCCAGUACCAACACCAACAACAACUGUAAGCACAUCUACAGCAAGCCAGUCUUCAACCACCUUUGUUUUUACAACCACACCAGUAACAACUACAACACCCUCAACUACUUCAACUAAAGUACCAACUACAACACCCUCAACUCCUUCCACCGCAGUAACAACUACAACACCCUCAACUCCUUCCACUACAGUAACAACUACAACACCCUCAACUACUUCAACUAAAGUACCAACUACAACACCCUCAACUCCCUCCACCACAGUAACAACUACGACACCCUCAACUCCUUCCACUACAGUAACAACUACAACACCCUCAACUACUUCAACUAAAGUACCAACUACAACACCCUCAACUCCUUCCACCGCAGUAACAACUACAACACCCUCAACUACUUCAACUAAAGUACCAACUACAACACCCUCAACUCCUUCCACAACAGUAACAACUACAACACCCUCAACUACUUCCACUAAAGUACCAACUACAACUCUCUCAACUCCUUCCACCACAGUAACAACUACAACACCCUCAACUACUUCCACUAAAGUACCAACUACAACACCCUCUACUACAGUACCAACUGCAACACCAUCAACUCCAUCAACAACAGUUACAGCCUCAACACCUUUGAGUCCAACAACUACUACACCUUCUACCACAACUGAAACAACAACAUCUCAGCCAACUACAACUGCACCUUGUCCUGGUGGACAUGAUAUGACAUGUGGACCUACUACACCCUCAACGCCUUCCACUACAGUUCCAACCUUGACACCUUCAACUACAACCACCAUUACACCUUCUACCACAACUGAAACAACAACAACAUCUCAGCCAACUACAACUGCACCUUGUCCUGGUGGACAUGAUAUGACAUGUAGUUGGACCUACUACACCCUCAACGCCUUCCACUACAGUUCCAACCUUGACACCUUCAACUACAACCACCAUUACACCUUCUACCACAACUGA